UGACUACAGUUGACGUUAAUCUAUUCACUAUCACCAAGGAAGCGGAAAUUAGCAACAUUUAUGGAACAAAACGAAACUACAAAUAAUGUAAUUUGACUCGGUCCCCAGUGGAAUUAAGGCAGCUUCAGCAUGGACUCAACGAAAAUAUUGGAGGAAAACUUAGAGAAGAUUUUGAAGGGUGAGGGACUUGAGUUGAGAGAGUUUGAUUUACUCCCGGAAUUGAAGCCCGUCACACUGAGGAAAAACGUGUGUUACAUCGUCAGCGCAGUAAUCUUCAACUCAAAGGAGGAGGUGUUAAUGGUUCAGGAGGCAAAGAGAGAGUGUUAUGGCAGUUGGUAUCUCCCUGCGGGUCGUAUGGAAGAACGUGAAAGCAUUCUAGAGGCACUACAGAGGGAGGUCAAAGAGGAGGCAGGAAUAGACUGCCAGCCAGUCACACUGCUGCUGGUUGAAGAACAUGGGCCAAAGUGGGUUCGUUUCACCUUCCUCGCUGAGGAAACAGGGGGGACUCUGAAGACAACAGCAGAGGCGGAUGCUGAAUCCUUGCAAGCUCAGUGGUGGGAUCGUGAAUCUCCACUUCCUCUUCGUGCACGUGACAUACUGCCCCUCAUUGAUGCUGGAAUAAAAUAUCGCCAAAAUCCCUGGUUUCCUGUGUUACAACCUGCUGACUUCCCUUGUCACAUUAUCUGCCAAAGACUUUUCCUCACAUUCAUCUCUAGCAGUGGUAACACUGACACCAGUGAUGAGGACUGUCUGUGGCUGCUGCUGAGCAAUAAUAAUGCCAGUUCUCAUCCCAGUCUUCCAAUUGAAGUAUCAGUUAAAACAUACAUCACGUGGGCUGCGCACAGACUGAUUAAGGAGUGCAUGCCUUCGUCGUCCAUAAAUGUUGUUAUAUGUGGUGUUCUGGGAGUGCAGCACAAUGGGAGAAUACCAGGGAAAACAGACGGCAUCUGCUUCAACACGCUUGUGUUGUUGGAAAAUUCAGAGGGCGGGCCUGAAAUCAACAGCCCACCACCAUUGGAGAGUGACAGUUACAGAUGGCAUGAAGUGACCAAUCAAAGCCUAAGAGCAAAGAUAAUACAGAGGAUUAAAGACAGGUCUGUUCUGCCUAUUCAUAGUCAGUUCUGAUGCUCUGCUGCUCUAAUAGAGGAUCAGGAUAUUACACAGGCCAGAACUGAACCUGCAUUUUCCACAUGAGAACCAAAGCUCAAUGUGUCUGAUGCAUGUGUGCUGCUAACUGUUAGGUCAUGGCCCCAAAGCAUUAAUAACUUUGCAUGUUUGAAAUAUUCAUCUUGAACCUCAUUUGCAGGGAUGUUCUGGCUUUCCAAAUCUGGGUUUCUCUAUAAAAUAACACAAUAUGUUGUCAGUUAUGACACAAUAAUUCCGUGCCCAUACACAGUUCUCCGUUCCAGUGAAAUCAUAAAAUAAAAUGCAACCAAAUAUUAAUUCUAAUGUACACUAUAUAUAUAUAUAUAUAUAUAUAUAUAUAUAAAAUUUACGUGCACACACACACAUGUGUGUUUUUACACACAUUUU